CUCUUGGUUUCAAAAAGGUUGGUGACCCCUGCUCUAGGCAGAUUUCGUACAGCAUGGCAACAUAAACUAGCUGAAUUCUGAUUGGAUAAAAACUCUAUAACCUAAAAACAACAGCGCUGGAAGGAGCAUAAUAUGACAUGAAUAGAAUAUCAAUACUUUUCGAUAUUUAUGGAAAGUAAAUUUAAAAAUAAUUUUUUCUUUAAUUAUGAUCAUGAUUUCUGGUUAUGUUGGCCCGCCACUGGUUGACUGUGAACCGUUCUGGUAAGAGAAAAAACCUUUAUCGGUCAGUCGGCGUUUAACAACAUUCCACCGGAAGCUGCCAUCUUUGUUUUGGCUGGAGUGGUAUCGAAGCGGCAGGUUUAGUUAAUUAAUGAAUUAUUAGCCAGGCCAGUGGCAUUUGCUUGAUUUCACGCUGGGGUUGAACAAACAACAAACAAAACGUAUCAUGUCAUUUAAACGGAGCACAACUUUCCUGCAAAGAGACACGAGUGUGCCUUCAUGACAAAGUUUGAAGGACAACAUAUCCCAAGCAGAUGUGGCUGUGGUUGCCUUUACCAGGAUGUUCUUUUGGGACAGCAGCAGCUACACAGAUGAUGAAGACGACGAUCCACUUUGCAGUUGCCAAGGCAUCAACCUCACCAAUUGCCGCCAUGACAGUGUGCGGCGUGCUGCUCAGAAACUCGGCAUUAAAGAGGUACAGGUGGGUGAAGACUGGACGUUGUUCUGGACAGACGCUCGCCCCUGUGAGGACAAAUUUAAGGAAUUGAAACCAUACCAGAAAAUCAACCAUUUUCCCUCAAUGACUGAAAUCUGCCACAAAAAUUCUCUAGCAACUAACUGGAAGCACAUGAUCAAGUUUUUCCCCAAAGACUACAACAUUUUCCCCAGAACAUGGACCUUUCCUAUUGAGUACAGCCUGUUCAAAACCUACGCUAGGGACAAAGACAAGCGUUACAUUUGUAAACCAAACGCUGGCAGCCAAGGCAAAGGCAUCUCUAUCUUCACGUCUUGGGAAAAAGUGCAGCUUGAGCAGGAUAUGAUCUGUCAGGAAUACAUUGACAAGCCUUUGCUCAUCGACGGCUUUAAGUUUGACAUGCGUAUCUAUGUGCUGGUGACCUCGUGUCACCCGUGGAGGAUUUACAUGUACAAGGAGGGGCUGGCUCGCUUCUGCACAACCAAGUACCAAGACCCGACAGACAAAAAUGUGAACGACAAGUGCAUGCAUCUCACCAACUUCACCAUCAACAAGGACAACGAGAACUUCAUCCACGAUGAGAAGACAGGCAGCAAACGGCGAUUGUCCACACUGAAGAAGCAGCUGAGGUCCACCUACAGGAACACAGAAAAGAUCUGGAGCAACAUCGAGGACGGCAUCGUGAAGACGCUGGUCCUGGCGCACUCCCGCAUCCAGCACAGCUAUAUCACUCACUUCUCCAAGCACAUGGUUGGGAGUGCCUGCUUCCAGGUCCUGGGCUUCGAUGUGCUGCUAGACGAGCACUUCAGACCCUGGGUGCUUGAGGUCAAUCAUUCUCCAGAUAUGUCUACGUCGCUGCCUCUGGACCGUGAAGUCAAGGACGCCCUCCUUUAUGACACCCUGGUUCUUAUCAACUUGGGUCCCUUUGACCGAUGCAAGAUGAUAAAAGAGGAGAAGCGCCGUGUGGAGGAGCGCCUGAAACAAAACGUGCGCGCGGAGGAGAGGCAGGAGACGGAGCAACAGCGGCGCGCGGCUAUGGUGGAGGAGAUGGAGAGCUAUGAGGACGAGCACCUGGGAGGCUUCAAGAGGAUCUACCCCAGCGAUGGCAAAGAGAAAUACGACAAGUACUUAAAGGUGGAGGACAGGCUCUACAAGAGCAGGAGCAGUGACGUCGGCGGACAUCUGGAAAAUGUGCAGUCAAAAUAAACUUGGAUGUUAAUUACACU